ACAACAGCUGACAUUGACCUGUAAAUCGCCCCGAACUUAAAGUCGAUCAGGGAUACAUCUGGAAUCAGCUGGCAGUGUUCUGAGAUACAGACAGAAAAAGCCAUUUUUUACCUGGUGUAAUGCCAGCAACCAUUUCAGCAGGAUCCAAGAUGUAGGGGAGAGAAGUAUUUAGGAGUUGCCAUGGCAGCUAAUCGGGAGUCAGGUGGGAUGACUCCACAGAUGAUGAGGGCAUCAGGUCUCAAUCCGAUGGAAUGGAACGGUUAUGAUGAAGGAGAGGUUGAAGAGGAUGUCAUGGAACAGAAACUGGCAGAAAUCCAGGAACAGAGUCUAGGACCUCUAAAGGAAGAUCUAGCAGAGUGGCUUGGAAAACACUUAGAGAUAGAUAUAUCCAAGUCAGGGAUGGAGGUUAAUGCAGACAAUUUCAUGGAUGUGCUGGACAACGGCGUGUACUUAUGUCAAAUGGCAAAAAUUAUACAGAGGAAGGCGCAUGAGUGUGUCUUGGAUGGAUCAUACACAGAGCCCCUGCCCAACUACAAACUUCGAUGUAAGAGUAAUGCACCUUCAGGGAGCUGGUUUGCACGCGACAAUACAGCUAACUUCCUGUCCUGGUGUAAAGCAUUUGGGAUGGCAGAUGAUCAAAUGUUUGAAACAGAAUAUCUAGUGUCUCACACAGCCGAGAAGUCAGUAGUACUAUGUCUGUUAGAGUUAGCAAGAAUAGGUUACAAGUUUGGUCUGGAGCCUCCUAGUCUUAUCAAAAUGGAAAAAGAGAUGGAGAGAAUGGAAGAAGAAGAACUCCCUCCUCCCCGCCCUCCCCCUCCCAAACCAAACAGUUUGGAUGAUGAGACUGGUACUGAGACAGAGGAGGAGGAGGAAAUUGAAGAGAAAACCCCUCCCACCCCACAGUCCUGGUCACUUGAUGAGGAGGUCAAAAGAAUAGCCUUCAUGUGUAAAUGCCAUGAUCAUGUCAAGAAACUCGGCGAGGGAAAAUAUCUCAUCUUCGGCAAAGUUGUUCAGAUUCGGUUCCUGAAGAACCGUCAUUUGAUGGUUAGAGUAGGAGGAGGUUGGGACACAUUGGAGCAUUAUCUUAUACAUCACAACCCGGUUCAGGUGUUUGAGCACCGCAGACCAAACACUGCAAAUGGCUCCCAUGAUUCCACUAGCAAAUACCUGUGUUUCAAGUCAAAGUACAAGUCCGAAUGAUUGGACCAAAAGGAGAUAAUUGAUUCCACUCACAACACAACAGAAUUGCAACACUCUUGUGAUCAUCCUGUUGUAGAAGUCUCCUUAAUGAAAUGGUCAUUUCAUGGAGGAAUUAGACAAUGACGGGCUGAUUAUCCAUUUGUCCGAUUUAUUGGAAUUCCUCUGACACAAAAGUCUUGUGAUGGAUUAAAAUAUGGCCAAAAGUGUACAUUAACACUCCAAGAUUUCUCAUAGCUACCUACCUGGUGCAUUUUCCAUUUCUGGUAAAUAUGGGCUGUAUAUUCAACUACACUGGUUUCAAAUAUUCAGGUGAUGGCUGUGUUUGACAGGAUGUCAGGAUGUGAUUCCUUAAAACUCCUUACAAUUCCUUUGGUUAUACGUGUCAUUUUUUUCUGUACUGCAGGAAUACAGUAAGUAAUGACGAUUGUAAUGGAGCACUGUGUAAAUUUAAAGAAAAUAGAUAUAUAUUGGUCACACAAGGACUUUUAAAAGUUGCUGAUGAGAACUGAAAAAGUCUGUUUAGUCCAGAUAGACAGACUAGUCAAAUUUUUUCUCACACUCAACAUUAAGUCUUUGAUGAAGCUGACUCGUUUUAAUCUAAAGCUGAAGUGGUCGACCAGUUGUUUUUGUUGAAAAAGCAAAUUGAAUAUGACUUUUUCUAGCUAUUGCUCACACUGAGCUUCUCUUGUUAAAUGGGCAUACUGUAUUGAUAUAUGGAAGAGUCAAAACAUUGUAACAUACUGGACAAUCUCCGAUCAGAACUGAACAUCUCCGAUCAGAACUGAAGCUGUAAUUGUGGAAAGUUGGACAAAAACAGAUUGAGGUUUCUGACUGUUGUUUUGUUGUUUUUUAAUUGUACACUUCAGGGAAUGUGGUAAUACUUUGUACACCUGUAAGAAAUACAAAAUAUAUUUGGUAAUUUAUUUUGUUUUAACCAUGAAACUGAUUUACUUGUGCCGUUUAAUUGGCCCACAUCAAGUACAACUGCGUUUAUCCUGUAAUAUCUCUAUUCUACCUUGACUUAUUUGAAAAGUUUGUGUGAAAAAUGGCCUCUGUCCUAACUUUGUGGAUGGAGAAUGAGACUGAUGUUCACUUGGGGUCCUAAUCAAGGCUGAAACUUUCUCCUGCUAUGAAUGACUUUUUCUCCUAUGGUUGAUGUUGAAGUCAAGGUUUGUAAAUGGAUAGCCUGUAUUUGUUAGUUGUUAUAGAAAUAUUUAUAUAUAUAAUGGUGCUCUUGUUAUUUUUCUAAAUGUCUGUCUUCUUGAAAGAUUUUGAAUUCCUAUUUAAUGAUAAACUUGUAAAAUUGUCUGUG